AUGGAUGGGCCAAAUGUGACCUUGGCUGCUGAGGGGGAGGCGGCUAACGCCUCCGUGGGCAGGAACACCUCCACCCCUGCGGGGGCCUGGCCUCCACCCAUCCCCGCUGUGCACUGGGUCAUUAUGAGCGUGUCCCCGCUGGGCUUUGUGGAAAACGGGGUUCUCCUCUGGUUCCUCGGCUUCCGGAUGCAAAGGAAUCCCUUCACGGUCUACAUCACCCACCUGUCCAUCGCCGACAUCUCCCUCCUCUUCUGCAUUUUCAUUCUGUCAAUCGACUAUGCUUUGGACCACGAGCUCUCCUCCAGCCACUACUACACCAUGGUCACCUUGUCUGUGACCUUUCUGUUUGGCUACAACACAGGCCUCUACCUGCUGACAGCCAUUAGUGUGGAGAGGUGCCUGUCGGUCCUCUACCCCAUCUGGUACCGAUGCCACCGCCCCAAGCACCAGUCAGCCUUUGUCUGUGCCCUGCUGUGGGCCCUUUCUUGCUUGGUGACCACCAUGGAGUACAUCAUGUGCAUCGACAAUGAGGCCGAGAGACGCUCUCGAAGUGACUGCCGGGCGGUCAUCAUCUUCAUAGCCAUCCUGACCUUCCUGGUCUUCACGCCGCUCAUGCUGGUGUGCAGUGCCAUCUUGGUGGUGAAGAUCCGGAAGAGCUCGUGGCCUUCUCGUUCCUCCAAGCUGUAUCUGGUCAUCAUGGUCACCAUUGUCAUCUUCCUCAUCUUCGCUAUGCCCAUGCGGCUCCUCUACCUGCUGUAUUACGAGCACUGGACGGCCUUUAGGAACCUGCACAACCUCUCUCUGCUCUUCUCCACCAUCAGCAGCAGUGCCAACCCUUUCAUUUACUUCUUUGUGGGCAGCAGCAAGAAGAAGCGCUUCAAAGAGUCCUUGAAAGUGGUUCUGAACAGGGCUUUCAAGGACGAGAUGCACCCCCAGCGGCCGGAGGACAGCGGCAAUGCCAUCUCUGUUGAGACCGUGGUCUGA